ACGGUGCCAGUGACCAUCAACAACGCCUCACUCGAACAAAGCUUCCCACGAUCUCGCCUUUGCAAACAAGGUGUAGCUGAUACGGAGCCCCUCGUUGCUCAGAGCCCCACCACGGUUUACAUCUAAACAAUUCAGCCACCGUCCCACAUCACAUUCCCCUAAGCCACUAUGGAGGUCCUACUUGGUAUCACGGGGAAGGACUUCACCCUCAUCGCCGCCUCCAAAGCCGCCAUGCGAGGCGCCACCAUCCUCAAGGCCUCUGAUGACAAGACCCGGGAGUUGAACAAGCACACGCUGAUGGCCUUCUCUGGAGAAGCCGGUGACACAGUGCAAUUCGCUGAAUACAUCCAAGCAAACAUCCAGCUGUACUCGAUGCGAAACAACAUGGAGCUGUCGCCCGCUGCCACCGCCAACUUCGUUCGUGGAGAGCUCGCACGCGCACUGCGAUCACGGAAACCCUACACAGUGAACCUGCUGCUUGGAGGGUAUGACAGCAUCGCCGACAAGCCCACACUAUACUGGAUCGACUACCUAGCCAGUCUGGCACCCGUUCCCUACGCGGCACAUGGAUAUGCUCAGUACUACUGUCUCUCGUUACUCGACAAGCACCACCACCCGGACAUCGACUACGAGCAGGGUAUGAAGAUCUUGAGGAUGUGCACAGAGGAGCUGAAGCGUCGCCUACCGAUCGACUUCAAGGGCGUUCUUGUCAAGGUGAUCACAAAGGACGGGGUCAAGGAUGUCGAGUACGAGGACGAUGUCAAGGUUGCGAUACCGUAAGAGAAGGAUGUGUUGGACAGGUCAUGGCGAAUUGAUGAUCUGGUUGAUAGGUACGCUGCAUCUGUCAGAAAACAUGGCCAUGGAGCGCUCAACAUGUAGAGAGCUAGCAUUACGACUGGAGUUAUGAUCGAGACGCCACAGUCAAUGACAAAAGAUCACGAACGUAAGGCUUGGACCUUCUGCCAGUGGUGUCCGAUAGCCAAC